AUGUCAUUGGCCUCCCACGUCUCGGACGGCUGCUUCGGGCAGCUGCCUCCUGCCACCUUCGGCGCAAACACCGUGGCCUUGCUGCGGCGUGGCAGGUGCGGCUUUGCACAGAAGGCAUUGCGCGCAAAGGCUGCAGGCUACGGCUUUAUGCUCAUCAUUGACCACCAGACGGUGCAGUACCUGAACAUGCUACCAGACAUGACGGCAGAUGUGGCGGAUGAAAGCCUUAUUUCGAGCUGGAUCGUCGGCAAGAGCGACGGCGAGCUACUGGCGACCUGGAGCGUCACUCCAGGCGCUGUGAUCUUGGACCUCACGGAUGCCUACCGCAUGCCCAAGCUGGGGCUUUUUCAGAGCGACGUCUAUGGGCAGAGACUCUACAUGAAGCAAUGA